GUUUGCCAAUAGUACAGUAUACGUAAAUUAUAUGGAUAUUACCUAUGGCUCAAAAAUAAGUAGUGACGAUUCGCGGAAUUGUUUAAAGUCAAACGAAAUAACUACAUAGAGAUUUAAAAACAAAUAAUAAUGAUUUGAAACCAUGGCAGGUAGAGAUAUAUGGAUGCCGCUUUCUAGUUUCAAUUGCCCAGUAACUGGAUGCCCUGGAAAUCGUUUCCCAAAGAACUGGGUAUGCUCAAUUGACAACACAGAUAUGUUUGUAUCUCAGAAUGGUAUUUUAUGCUGUAGAGUCGGACAUACAGGAAGGAUCAUGGACUGGAAAUUUGAUUGCGGUAACCAUGGAAAUCAUUCAGUACGGAGAUGGCAGACAACAGAUAUACAAGGCUUUUCUUAUGCAUUAUCGUAUGCUACACAAAUGUCAAAUUCAGCAGGAGCAACUUGGGUUGCUUCCUUAAUUCUAAGUCUUGGAACUCAAUACCAAUAAAACCCCAGAGCGACACACACAGCUAUGACGAAGAGUAUACUGAAUAAUAGAAUGCAACGUGGUUUUGCAAGGUUUUAUUGGACAGUUGUGGGAUUCAAAGAGAUUUUAUGCUUCAUUGGAACCAUCUAUUGAUUCUUCAAAUAAUAAAAUAUUUCAUUAUA